GUAUAUCAAUGACAUCAACCAAGAGCUGUGGGUAAUUUACCACCAUCCACUUGAAAGAGAGGUCAAUCAUUUACAAGGAUGCCAGAGUUUUCCAAAGUCUUUCGAAGUUUUAACUUUGAGUGACCUAAAACAUAAUUAUAGGUUUAUAAGUGCUUCCACUUCAGUUUACAAUACUGAUAUCAUUGUGCUGUGCACAACUCCGCUCGCUUCGGAAUGUAGACGCAAAUACGUCUGUCUCCACAAUGGAACUGCAAUCCGAACUGCUCAAGUCCAUCUGGUACGCGUUCACAUCGCUGGACAUGGAGAAAUGCGGCAAAGUAUCGAAGUCCCAGCUGAAGGUUCUCUCCCACAACCUGUAUACGGUGUUUAACAUCCCUCACGACCCCGUGGCACUGGAGGAACACUUCCAAGACGAUGACGAUGGACCGGUGUCAAAACAUGGCUACAUGCCCUACCUCAACAAAUACAUACUGGCCAAGGUCAAAGAGGGUGCAUACGACAAGGAGACGUUUGACGACCUGUGCUGGAUGAUGACCAUGAAGAAAAACUACAGACCUAGCAUCGGCCAGGGGGGGCUGCUGUGCUCCCUGAGAGACUGCUUCAAACUUUUCUGUCUCUUCAACCUGCUCUCGGAGGACCACUACCCACUCAUCAUGAUUCCACAGGAGGUGGAGUACCUGAUGAAGAAAAUCUCCACUGCGAUGAACCAGGAGUGGGAUGGCAAGCCCCUGGAGGACCUGCUAUCCCAAAAUGCCUCUGUCCAGGAGGAGGGCAUGUCGGUGUGGGUGUUCCUGGAUCACAUGGGCGCCGGGAGGCUGCUGAGGGUCAGCAAUGCGGGUGCCUUCAGUCUGGCUCUGGACCAGGUCUUCUUUGAGAUGUACCACAACGUCCUCAAAAGGGGUUACAUGUGGAAAAAGGGACAUGUGCGCAGGAACUGGAUGGAGCGUUGGUUUGUACUCAGGCCAUCCUUCAUGGUCUACUACGCCAGCGAGGACCUGAAAGACAAGAAGGGAGAGAUUCCAUUGGACCAGUAUUGUGUUGUGGAGGCUAUUCCAGACAGGGAUGGGAAGCGUUGUCUCUUUUGUGUGAAGACCACCAGCAAGACCUAUGAGAUGAGUGCCGCCGACCAGAGACAGAGGGUGGAAUGGACCCAAGCCUUGCAGACUGCCGUCCGUCUCCAGGGUGAGCGCAAGUCCUCCCUCCACCAGGAACUAAAGCUGAAGAGGCGGGUCCAGCGCGAGCAGAGUCAACGGGAGCGCAGCCUGAGCGCCAGCAGCAGCCACGGCAGCCAAUCAGAAGAGCUUACCAUUCAAGACCUGGAGAAGGAAAAGGAACGGCAAGGACAGGAGAUAGAGAGUAUUAUUCAGCACCAGCGAGAGGUGGAGGCACGGCGCAGGGAGGAGGAGGAGAAAGAGAGGGAGCAACAGAAGGAGGUCCAGAGAGAGUUGGAGAGACAGCUAGAGGAGGCAGAGAAGUUGAGGGAGAGCAUGCAGGCUGAGAUGGCAGAGAAAGAGAAGGAGGCCGAGCAGCAGAGGAAGAGGAUCCAGGAGCUGGAGCUGACCCAGCACAAACUGGAGGCUGCUCUCAACACAGAGAUACAGGCCCACAUGGAGGAGGAGAGAGUCAGGCUGGAGCUAGAAGGAGUACUGCAGGCAGAGGAGGAGAAGAGCAGGCAGUGUCUGCUCCUCCAGGAGCAGCAGGAGGCAUCCCGCCACUUCAGCCCCACGGAGGAGGCUCCAAACAGAGCUAAGGAAGAGCGGCCUGCCCCCUCUGCCCUCCACUACGCCUCCCAGGAGCUCCAGAGCCUCCGAGAGACCCGAGAAAGGAGUCACCAGCACCUGGAGGAAGUUCAGGAGAAGCUUCGUAAAGCCAGCAUCCAUGUCCGACACUGGAACGUUCAGCUCAACCGCCUAAUGAAACCCAUCGCUCCUGGGGACAAGUUAUCAUCGUUGCCAGCGAAAAUCACCUGCUCGAAACAGGAGGGGGCGUUAGCCAGCAGUGAGUUUAUCGCUAAACUCCAACCAAGAGCCAAUCAAGAAACUCAGCAAAUACUUGAGAGCCAAUCGGCUACAGAAGAGAAAGGACUACAGGAACAGGUGGAGGCUAUCACCCUGUCAGACCCUGGGGAAUCGUGAUGGGUCAUGGGUAAAUUGUGACUGACUGAUCUACAAAUAAUAUUGUAGUUAUUUAUGAUGCAAGGAUCUUUGCAGAUCAGUCAUUCGGCAGUCGUCUGCACUGUCGGCUGCAAUGUCGAACAUUCCCAGUUGUUUUACAUGUCAACAGUCUGGCCGAGUUCCUGCCCGACUAGAUGUGCAGGUGUUGCAUUGCAUCAAUCAAUGGUUGCGUGCCACGUCAUCGACUGUGCAGUCGGGCAUCAGAUUUCUACAUCAAUUGAGGUGCUUAGCUGAUGUGUUAAAUACCAAUCCAGGCUUUGAAGAUCUGGAAUGUAGUCGGGGAGGAACUCGACCUCUACCAAUGGUAGUACUGACUAGGAGAUGAGUAGGAUCUGUAAAAAAUUAAUUAAAGGGAAUUUGUCUUCCUAUUAGAAAGUGCUUUGAUCGAGGAGAUACUACCUGUGCAAUAAGAAUGCUAAUUUUAGUUCCGUACGAACAUGUCCCAUGAUGAGGACUGAAUCUUGACAGGUGGACCCAGUAGCCUAUACACUACUUCAAGAACUGAGAAACACCUCAUCAACCAACUGACUGUUCAGAUUUCGAUCUUGCUCGGGGAUAACAGUCAUUGUAAAUGAUAGAAUACCGAGAAUAAAUGACAGGUUUGAAUUUCUGUACAAAAGAAGUGCACAUAAUGGUAUGUUGUGUGUGAACAAAGUGAUUGCUCUCUUCUCCAUUUGAUACAAGGCAGUCUAACAAACCCAUGUAUGCCAUUUUUUUGUCAGGAAAGGAAAAGUGUCAUGUCAGGAAAAAUCGGGACACGCAAAUAUGUACAGUCCCCUUUUGAAAUAGGCCUAGUAUUCAGCACAACACAUUCUUUUUUUCCCCUCUUUUAUUCUUGAAAUGCAAUCUCUUUGAAGUAAUGUCUUAAAUCUGUGGCUCACAUAUGCCUAAUAUAUUGACAUAUAUUUCAAAUAUAUGUAAUAUGUACUAAUAUUUAAAAUAAAUAUAUCUAAAUACA